CAUCCCGGUGAUGUUAUACAGUGGAGACGUGGACAGUAGUGUUCCAGUGACAGGUACAAGAAAGGCGAUAAAAAAACUUAACCUGGAUAUUCAAACUCACUGGUACCCAUGGUUCAACGAGCACGAGUUUGGAGGGUAUAGUGUGAUAUACAAGGGUGGCUUAACAUUUGCAAUUGUUAGAGGAGCGGGCCAUGAGGUCCCUAGUUACCAACCGGCGAGAUCCCUCACCCUUAUUGAUGCUUUCCUCAAAGGGAAACCCCUACCUUCAUCUUAA